UGUGAUGCUGCAGGGCAGCUGCUGGCCCAGCAUGUCUGUCCCCGGCCCCCUCCCGCCCGGUGUGUCACAACAGCGGAGGCGGCUGUAUCUAGAGCAGUUGGGGUGGGCAGGCCCAGCUGGGAGGCAAGCCGGCGAGGAGAGCAGCCGCGAUGGUCUCUCCAAAGUCCCAUCAGCUUUACAUACCUCUUCAGGAAGCCAUGGCUGCCUGGAUGUGAAAGAUGUGGACUGAUUGAUAACACGCUGGUUGUGGGGUGGUUCCUGGGUGUAGGACACUUUUUUAAAGUCUGAAUUAAGACCUAAGGUGAAGGCAGAAAAUAGAUCUCACAGUAAAGCGGGAGUGCAUAUCAGUCCACGUGGGUCAAGCAGGAGUUCAGAUUGGCAAUGCCUGCUGGGAGCUCUUCUGUCUGGAGCACGGCAUCCAGGCGGAUGGCACCUUUAGUGUCCAGGCCAGCAAGGUCAACGACGAUGACUCAUUCACCACCUUUUUCAGUGAGACUGGCAAUGGGAAACAUGUGCCUCGGGCUGUCAUGGUAGAUCUGGAGCCUACUGUAGUAGAUGAAGUUCGGGCAGGAACCUACCGUCAGCUCUUCCAUCCAGAGCAGUUGAUCACAGGGAAGGAGGAUGCAGCUAACAACUAUGCCCGGGGCCACUACACAGUGGGCAAGGAGAGCAUCGACCUGGUGCUGGACCGCAUACGGAAGCUGACAGAUGCCUGCUCUGGCUUGCAGGGCUUUCUGAUCUUCCACAGUUUUGGUGGGGGCACUGGCUCUGGCUUCACUUCUCUGCUGAUGGAACGGCUCUCCCUGGAUUAUGGCAAGAAGUCCAAGCUAGAGUUUGCUAUCUACCCAGCCCCUCAGGUCUCCACUGCAGUGGUGGAGCCCUACAACUCCAUUCUGACCACUCACACCACACUGGAACAUUCAGAUUGUGCUUUUAUGGUGGAUAAUGAAGCCAUCUAUGACAUCUGCCGCAGGAACCUAGACAUCGAGCGCCCCACCUAUACCAAUCUCAACCGCCUUAUCAGCCAGAUUGUGUCUUCCAUCACUGCCUCUCUCCGCUUUGAUGGGGCCCUUAAUGUGGACCUCACUGAGUUCCAGACCAAUCUGGUACCCUACCCCCGCAUCCACUUCCCACUGGUCACUUAUGCACCCAUUAUAUCUGCUGAGAAAGCCUAUCAUGAACAACUCUCCGUGGCUGAGAUAACCAGCUCCUGCUUUGAGCCCAACAGUCAGAUGGUGAAGUGUGACCCAAGACAUGGGAAGUACAUGGCCUGCUGCAUGCUCUACCGGGGGGACGUGGUGCCUAAGGAUGUGAAUGUCGCUAUUGCUGCCAUCAAAACCAAGAGGACUAUUCAGUUUGUAGAUUGGUGUCCCACAGGCUUUAAGGUGGGCAUCAACUAUCAGCCACCCACCGUGGUGCCAGGAGGGGACCUGGCCAAAGUCCAGCGGGCUGUUUGCAUGCUGAGCAACACUACUGCAAUUGCGGAGGCCUGGGCCCGCCUAGACCACAAGUUUGACCUCAUGUAUGCCAAGCGGGCCUUUGUGCAUUGGUAUGUUGGAGAGGGAAUGGAAGAAGGAGAAUUUUCUGAGGCCAGGGAGGACCUGGCUGCUCUGGAGAAGGAUUAUGAAGAAGUGGGGACUGAUUCAUUUGAAGAAGAAAAUGAAGGGGAGGAGUUUUAAAUAUAACACUUUCCCCUUGGCUGUGUCUCUUUAUUUAUGCUUCUCCACUCAAAGCACGUUUAACUAUUCCAAGAGUAACAGACUAUACUCCUAAGCCCAGACUAAUUUCUGUUUUCCAUUAGAAGAGGUAUCUAACACCAGUGCCUGUGGGUGAUUGGGCCAAAAAUGAAUGCUGAGCUAUUCAGACCCUCCCUUGGGUAAAAGCAGCUUUGUGUCACACACACACACAAAAAAUGAGAGUCACUGUCUCUAGUUAGGGUGAAGCCAGGUUACAUGUUGUGAAGAGACCUAAUCAGGAUUUUAAAUUCUGGAUUAGUCUGGGCCCACCCUAAAAUGUAGCCUGUUGGCUAUGGAAAGAUCUGGGCAUUGGGAAGAUUGAAGGAAGGAAGGGAGUGACACUGUUAGAGAGUGAGAAACAAGACAGACACAUUUCCUGCCCUUGUAAAAACACAAAUAAAUGAACGAGAUAAUUCAGGUAGUGUUAACUGAUAUGAAGUAAAAAAAAAAAAAAACCAUGAUGAGGGAAAGUGUCUGGGGGAAUGCUCCUUUAGACUGGGUAGUCAGAAAAAGCCUCAUGGAGACCUGAGUGACAGGAGAGAGCCAUCAUGUGAAGUUCUGGAGUUAGAGAAUGCUGGACAUAGAACAAAACACAGAUGUGGGAACAAGCUUAUGUCCGAAGAACAUAAAGGAGGUCAAUGUGCCUAGAGGAUGGUGUGAGAUGGAGAUGAGAUCCCAGAGCCAAGCUGGGGCCAGAGCAUACAGACCAUGGUAAGGAGUUUAGAUUUUUCUCUAAGUGAAACAAACUAUUUGGAAGGUUUUAAGCAGGAUAUACCAUACUUUAUAUAUGUACAUACCUUAUCUCUAAUCCUCCCAAAAAUCUCAAAUGGAUAUUCUGCUCAUUUUAUAGAUGAAGAAACUGGGGUUUACAGAGUUGAUAUGUUGCAUAUAGUAAGAAAGCUCAGAUAACAGGGACUACCAAUUCUAUUCUUUUGUCUACCUGCACUGUUUCUAUGCCUUGGUAUCUGUGCCCAGGUUUCAACUGCUGCUUCAUAGAAUGAUGGAUGGAGGAGAAACAAAAGUAUAUAACAUUUACAAAAGAGAGGAUGAGUUAAUGCAUCUCUUCUCUGAAGUUGGCAGCUCUGGUAGGAUUUUAGGAAAAUCAAAAAGCCGUUCUUAUGCAACUACUAUUGGUAAGAUACCCAGGGUUGGGACCACAGUAGGUCCCUGUGUAUUAAAUGUACAUCUUGUUAAUUAUUGAUUUUCCCUAAUUUUUAUUGUAUAUUCCUUGGUAGCCCUGAGAAAAAUAGAAUAAAAUGUUCCAAGAAAAGGAAGGUUAGGUAAGAAGUAAUGCUAAUCACUUCUAGAGGAUUGUCUUCAGAGAAACCAUACUUCCUUGCUCUUCUAUGAAGGAGAUCAUGGUAAAAAAAAAAAAAAGGAGGUCCAGAUCUGCUGUCCAUUGUGAGCUCCCUUAUCUGAGGAUCAUUCCUGCACCAAGUCCCAUAGGUAUCUGCAUAGACAAAUUUAUUAGAGAAUUGUAUUAGAGAAUUAGGGUCAGGAACUCAGGAAGGGGCAUAUUCUCUCUUGAUGCAAGUUGAGAGACCUACCCAUGGGAUUUCAGAUAAGCCUCAAAACUUCCUGGGUGUGUAACUAUGACCUAAUUAGGGAGAAAAUAACACAUCCUCAAGGCCAAGGUUUAGGGCUGUGGUAAAUCACUCAUGGUGUGUUCCUUUCCUUUAGACUUAUGUGAAUUAUGUGAAUUAUUAGAAUUAUGUGAAAGCUAAUGCAUUCAGAUAAGGGAAAAUAGAAGAAUAAUAGUUGGAAAUGAAGAAGUAAAACUAUUUCUAUUUGUAAAUGAUAUGAUGGUACAUUUGGAAAACCCUAUUCUAUAAGACUAACUUAAACAAAAUAUGUCAGUAUGGUAGCAGGGUAUUAGUAGCCUUGAUUUCACAAAUACAAUAAUUGGUUAGUGGAGGAAGAAACUUCUGUUAAGAACAGAAACAAAAAGAGAAAUACUUAGAAAUAACAAUUUAACUAGAAAGGUUUAGAAGCCUUUAUGAGAAAACUUUAAACUCAAAGACACAAAAAUAGCCUUGAACAAAUUUAAAGACAUUCCUUAUUAUUGGAUAGUAACUGUCAACAAAAUAAAUAUAUUAUUCUCCCUAAGGUAAUUUAUAAAUUUGAUGUAAUCCAAUAAAAAUGCCCAUUUUAUUUUUUUUGCCCAUUACUUUUUCUUAAAAAACCUUUAUUGUGAGAUAAUUAGGGAUUCACAGGAAGUUGCAAAAAUGAUACAGAGAGGUUUACCCAGUUUCCUCCAACAAUUAUAUUUUACAUAAUAUCAAACUCAGGAAAUUGACAUUGACACCAUUUGUGGGCAUAUCUCUAUGCUAUUUUAUCACUUGUGUAUAUUUGUGUAAUUACCACUCCAGUCAAGACAAGAAACUGUUCUAUCACUACAAAGAUCUCUCUCCUGCUACCCCCUUUAUUCCUACUCAUCCUCCUCCCCCAACCCUUAAACAUUGGCCAUCACUAAUUUUUUUCCCAUCUCCAUAGUUUUGUUACCUUGAAAAUGUUGUACAGGUGGAGUUACAUAGUAUAUAAGUUUACCUGUAUUUCUAGUUCUUUAAGAGUUUUAAAUCAUAAAUAGGAGUUGAAUUUUGUUAAAUGCCAUUUUUGCAUCAGUUAAUUUUGAUCACGUGAUUUUCUUCUUUAGCCUGCUGAUAUGGUGGAUUACAUUGAUUUUUGAAUAUUGAACCGUCUUUGUAUCCUUGGAAUAAAACCUUACCUAA